UGCCUGAACUUUUGUAUUCGCACGAAGCUGUCAGGGUUGGGGAGCUCAAGAAGGUUCCCACAUGUGUUUCCUACCUUGUGAGAGAAAAGGAAAUAUAAAUACCACUACUCAUCUAGGCUUGUGGCAUCUCAAUUCGCAUUCGUGUAACCAAAGCCGACAGAGAGACAUGGCGACCGGCGGCGCUCUCCCCAUGGUGGAUCUGGCGCCUUUCUUCACCCAAGACGACAGCGACGGCGUCGCCCGCGCCACCGAGGCCGUGCGCGAGGCGUGCCUGACGCACGGCUUCUUCCGCGUCGUCAACCACGGCGUGCCGGCCGAGCUCAUGGCGCGCGCGCUCGAGCUGUCGCCCGUGUUCUUCGCGCUGCCGGACGACGAGAAGGCCAAGGCCCGGCAGGCCGAGGGGACCGCGGCGCCCUUCCGGGCUGGCUACUUUCGGGCGCCGGUGCCGGCGCACUCGCCCGACAAGCACGAGUUCGUGCUGGUGUUUGAUCCGAAGCUCGGGUUCAAUGAGUACCCCGCUGAGCCAGCCGGAUUCAGGUCAGUCGAAAUACGAAUUCGCACGUCUAAAUUAUUCAUUAUUAGAAUUUCUAAAAGGAUUUUUUUACCCGAUCGAAUGCUUCACAAAUUCAGAGAAGCAGUGGAGGAGUGUUACGCCAAGUUGACCGAGCUGGGGCUGCUCCUCCAGGACGUCCUGAACGAGUGCAUGGGUCUGCCGCCGGGCUUCCUCAGGGGCUACAACGGCGACCGCAGCUUCGACUUCAUGGCGGUGCAUCACUACUUCCCGGGGACGGAGGAGGAGAACAGCGGGCUCAACGCGCACGAGGACGGCAGCUGCAUCAGCUUCGUCAUCCAGGACGGCGCCGGGGGCCUUGACGUCCUCAAGGACGGUGACUGGGUCCCGGCGGAGCCUGUCGAGGGCAGCAUCAUCGUCAACAUCGGCGACCUCAUAAAGGUGCUGAGCAACAACAAGUUUAAGAGCCCGACGCACCGGGUGGUGAGGAAGCCGGUGCACAGGCACUCGUUCGCCUUCUUCUUCAACAUGCACGGCGACAAGUGGGUCGAGCCGCUGCCGGAGUUCACGACGAAGAUCGGCGAGGCGCCGCGCUACAGGGGGUUCCUGCUCGACGAGUACCUGCAGAUGCGGAUGAGUGGCCUGAUCCAUCCACCGUCCAGGCCCGAGGACGUCGUCCACAACGAGAUCAAAAUCACCCACUAUGCUAUCUAGCCUGGGAAAUCGAUCGGUUUCGAUCGCAGAAAUGUAUAAGAGCUGCACGCCGGUCUGCUACAGCAAUUCCAAAUUCCACUCUUCCAGAUGUUGUUGUUACGAAAACUGAGGCUGUAAAAUUUGAAAUAAAAACAAUUUGCUUGGGAAAAA